CAACGCGGUCGGCGUCGUCGUCCUGACCGGCGGGCGAUCCGUCAUGGGCCGCAUCGCCAACAUCACCGCCGGCGUCAAGCAGAAGCCCACCCUGAUCCAGCGCGAGAUCACGCGCUUCGUCACCAUCAUCGUCAUCCUCACCGUCUGCUUGGCCUCCCUCAUCCUGUUCACCUGGGUCGGUUGGCUCCGCGUCGACCACUACGGCUUCAUGAACGUCGUGCAGAUGCUGAACGAUGUCAUGGGCUGCGUCGUCGCCUUCAUCCCCGAGGGCAUGCCCAUCGGCGUCGCCCUCACGCUGAUGAUGGUCGCCCGCCGCAUGAAAGCCGCCAACAUCCUGCCCAAGGGCCUCGCGACCGUCGAGACCCUGGGCUGUGUCAAUGUGCUCUGCUCCGACAAGACGGGCACGCUGACGCAGAACAAGAUGAUUGUCAAAUCAGUCGGCCUCCUGGACCGGGAAUACGCCAUCGACGAGAUCACGGCGCUGCACCAGCAGGCCGACAUUCCCGAAUCCCUGGCCAGUCUCCACCGCGGCUCGCUGCUCUGCAACGACGCCUUCUUCGAUCCCGCAUCCCUCAGCAAGCCCAUCCCCGAUCGUGA